AUGGGGCUCAAACGUGAGCGACGUGAUCGCGAGAAGCACGCGCGCCUCACGGAACACAUGACCGACCAGAGCGACCAAAUGGGAGAGGACCUGGCUGAUGAGCAGCUGGCGUUGCAGGCAGAGCGCCAACAGAUCAAUGACCUCCUCUCGCCGACGCUCACGAAGCAGGUGCUGGCUGCCGUCUCGGAUGAGCAGUGGCGAGUCAUCAGGCAACAAGCUGAACCUUAUGAAUUACCAAAUCCUGAUGAACUGAUGCAGCAGAGUACGGCCUACACGCUUACGCGUCAAGCCAGCAAGGAGCUAGGCGACAAGUACAUGAAGUGGGCACAGGCGGCAGACCACUCGCUGGCCACCCUCGGUGGCAAGGAAGAAGAGGCCAAAACCAUGCGAGUGCCCGGCGAGUUCGACACGAUGAGCACGCUGAUUUCUGGGCGCCAGACAUAG